AUGGCACCACGUAAUAUUCAUACAUUAUUGUUUGAUUUGGAUCAGACAUUGUAUCCUAAAUCAUGUGGAUUGGCAACACAAGUGAGCACACGUAUCACACAAUACAUGGAGAAAAUAUUAAAGAUGCCAGCCGACGAGGUUGACAAGAUUCGUAACCACUACUACAAGACCUAUGGUUUGACACUCAAGGGUCUGAUGAUUGACCACCAAGUCGACAUUAACGACUAUUUGGACUAUGUACAUGGUGGACUCAAUCUCAAGGCACAUAUUGGACGUGACGAACGUUUGAUCAAGGUAUUGGCCAGCAUCAACCCAUCCAUCAAAAAGAUUAUUUUCAGUAACGCCGAUCUUGGACAUUGUCAACGUGUCACCAAAGAGCUUGGUGUCGAUAACUUUUUCGACGACACUAUCGAGUAUUUGGAACUUGGCGACUUUAGCAAGCCACAUCCCGUCUCUUAUCAAAUGGCUAUGAAAAAGGCUGGCACCACCGAUGCUGCCGGAUGUGUCUUUUUCGACGACGUUGUAGAUAAUUUAGAGGGUGCUAAAAAGGCUGGUAUGAUCACUGUUUUGGUCGGUGGCACCACCGAAAGCCCAUCUGUCGACUAUUGCAUUCAAGAAAUUCACGACAUUGUCAACAUCUUCCCCGACCUUAUCGUUUCAAAUACCACCAUCGUCGAUCCAAUCAUCAAAACAAAUACUGACAUUUCAGAACAAUUACAUAUUCCACAACAAGAAACUGUUAUUGUUCAACAAUCAAGUUAA